GUCUAAAUUUUGGCGUAAAUUAGUUAAUCGGCCUAAGUUGCGCCCUAAAUUUACAUCUUUUGUGACACGGGUAUAUUAGUGUUUCAAACUGAGCAUUGAGGAAUCCGCGUGGCUGAAUUAUGUUCAAAAAAAAAUUUUUCAAGAAGAAACCCAAGCCAAUAGAGCAGAAAGAUAAAGCUGAAAGUUCACCUACCGGCAACUUCGUCUAUGACGUUAUAGAAGAUCCAAAAUCCAACUUUGGAUUACCAAGAUAUAUGGCUCUCUCACCGGAUACGCCAAUCCCCAAACCAAUGCCAAAGAAUGCAGGGAAGAUAUUCAGCAAAGAUGCCAUCGGUGAUCUUCCAUUUCAACGCAUGACUCGCAACAGACGAAUGGAAGAUUUAGACGAUGAGGAGUAUGGAUAUACAACGGGUGACGAUAUUUAUGAACUCAAAAAGAAGGACACCACAUGCGAAGAAGCAUUUGUGGAUGCUCAUGAGUUUUUACCGUACAAGAUAGACAGCCACAAUUCCAUGAUAUCCAAAUUUUUCUUCUCUCCCCGAGAAAACUACGAAACGCUGUCUAUUGACAAGAUAUGUCUGCAAAUGACCAGUCCAUCGACAGAAGUUCAGCAAGACUUGUUAAAAUAUAUCACAGCGUGUCUUCUGCCAUAUCUGAAACAAAACAACAGAAUUGUAGAAAUCUUCAAUCUGAUCUCGUGCAAAAACAAAUCUGUUCGAAAUCUUUGCAUUAACGAACUGACAGAGAUUAUGAUGGAUGCAGAUCAGGGAAAAUUUUCCGAAAAUGAAAUGAUGAUGUUGUACGAAACGGGAACUAUACAGUUAUUCACGGUUGUCUCAGAGACAAAGAACACACUCUCUAUAUUCCAGCCUCUAAUUCAGCUCGGGAUUAUGUUCAACUGCUUUAUUUACCUACGGGCCAUUGAAGCAGUUGAUGAUUGGAUUCCAUACAUUCAGAAUGUAUUGUCAGCUAUCCAAUCUAAGAGGAAGCGUGUUAUGGAAAGGAAUGACCCCGACGUUAUCAUUUUCGCUAAGAUGGCGAAAUGCAUUUUUGAUUUAGAAGAUAUGGACGUGGACGAGAGUUUGUUGAUGGGAGAAGAUGUGAACGAUUUCCUUCCCCCUUUUAACAGAGAAGACAGUGGUAUAUGUAUCGAGGGAUUGGCUGCUCUUUAUCACACAGGAAAUCUGGUACUAAGACAUCGGUCAAAAUUCAGUUCCGGUGUUCAGAAAAUGGUAGAUUUAUCUUUAUUCAUGGACGGUUGUAAUGGCGAGGGAAUGAUGAAAUGGUACCAUCGUUUGCUUGACUUAUUCAUAGUUGAUAUAUUACAACGGGAACACUCUGAUAUAAAACUGGAGAUACUCGAAAAGGAUGAAAAUAAAUUGUUUUCAAUACUGAAUCGUGAUCGUUUCUUUCCUGAGAGUUUUAAUACAUCGCACUGUCUGUUGUUUCACCACAAUGAAAGAAUACGAUCCAAAUACGGGGAAAUCGCCAAAAGAAGAGGCACAGUUAAAUCAAAGACAGUCAUGACGGAUCAGAUACAGACUAUUUUAAGCAAGUGCAGGCUGGUGUUUCAAACGACUUCUUCAGAUUCACCCCCAAACAUUGGUUUUGAACGCAAACAAUGUACAUUUUGUAAUGUGGAUGCCUCGAUCACUUGCAUUUUCGAUGUUGUCUCUGAUGAGUCAAUGGACGUCAGUUUGUAUGAUAACACCUCUACAAAAUUCAACACAAGAGAAACUUUAUUGAGACAAGAAAGACUAGAAAAUGAAAUGGAAGUGUUGAAAGAAAUUGAGUCCAAAGAUAUGCAUAGAAAUGUGGCCAGACUUCUGGCGUUCAAUCAGUCCUUACCAAAGUUUUACAUCAAAGAGAGAUUACCUGGAGACAACCUACAAAGGCGCCUCCUGGAGGCUAGAGAAAAAGGGAAGAAAAUCCCAAUUGCAAAUCUCAUUGGAAUUAUCGUACAGGCUGUACAGGCAAUUAUAUACGCACAUAGCUCUGGCUGUCUCGUCAGGGACAUAACCACUGCGUCUUUCGGCUGCACAAUGACAGGAAAUGGAUAUUUCCUCAAGCUGAAAAACUUUGAGAUGGCGACCAAGCCGUCGGAUUUCCCCAGUGGUGGACUCGUGAACGGCUUAAUUGAUCUUGACUUUGAUGGAGUCUGCAUUCGAUGGGCAGCCCCCGAGAGUCUGCUAGAAGGGCGUUAUAGUAUCUACAGUGACGUUUGGUCCGUCAACAUUUUAGCGGACGAAAUCCUCAACUACGCCGCGUGGCCGUAUUCGGACAUAAGUGAUGCGGACAUUGACGACAUGAUUAUCAAUAUUGUCUUUACUCACCUUAAACCUCAAGGAUUCAACCGACCGAGGCGAGUCCAGGGUUUAAUUUUGGAGGGACUUGCCAGCGAACCCGAUCAGAGACUAAAACUGGAGGCGUUGCGGGAAAGGCUUUUAGAGAUAUCGGAUGACGUCAGCGGGGGAGAAAAUUACAGUACAUACGACACUUAUUUUGGUGUGGAGGGAACGCAUGCAAAGGUAUACGAUAUACCUUCCCUUACACAACGACAAAUAAAAGCCAACUCUGUAUUUGAAAGGGGAAUCCCACCGUCAAUUCAAAGAUACAGAGCGCUUGAUGAAGAUCCCAUGAAUGUGUUUGCGUCAGAUGCAGCGGAACACAAUGAUAAACUACGAGAACAGGAUGGCAUCCCACUGACAGAAAUAUCCUCUGACGAGUAUUACAAGAUCGAGAGUGAGGACAGAAUAAACAUGAUGAAAGUAAUGGAAAAAGUGAGCGAUGACUUCCUGAAGUUUACAUACAACAGACUGAAGGAGAUCGACAGCAGAAAAAUGUGUGUGGAGCCUUGGCCUCCUACGACAAGUGUCUCAGCAGAUGGCUUUAAACAGCUACACUAUAAAUUUCCAAGAUCAACGCACCUUCUUGAUAAAGUCCUCCACAAAGAACGUGGGGACACGAUUGGUCCAUACAUUGAGCUUUUGUAUGAACUGGCCAAACAUAUAGACUCAUUUCAUUCAGCUGGAUGGAUUUUUCGAUGUCUCAGAGCAAAGAAUGUUUGGAUUCUGGAAACAAAAAAACGAGAACAAACGAUUGUGGUGCCCAAAUUUGGUAAAUACCGUGUGAUAGCGUCAUCAGACUUCGGCAUCCAUCUAGAGCAGAUCAAAAUUGAAAGUCCAGAGGAGGCAGAUGGAAUACAAUGGCUUCCGAUUGAGGCAAUAAAAGCCGGACUCUAUUCCAAAGAAAGUGAUGUAUAUGCCUUCGGUAUGAUUACGUGGGAGGUCAUGUCUGCGUUUGGACAGGGGGGAGUUGUGUAUGACCAAGACGAAGAGAGGGAAUUAAAGUGCAUUCCAUUCAACUACCAACAAUCUAAAAAUAUUCUACAACAUUUGAUAGAGGGAUACAUACCAGAAAAAGACGUUAAAUGCCCUGAUUGGUUUUACCGAGAUAUUACGAGGCCUUGUCUUUUACAUCAGAAAAUCGACAGACCCUCAAUGAAAACCAUUCUACAAAUCCUGGAAACAAAGCUUGGGAAAUCUCUCCCUAAACAAAUUCUAAGAGGUCCACCUCCAUCUCCACCUGAUCAACUCUCCAAAGACGUAGAAAUGUACGAAGAUAUAUAUGAAUAUGACGAUGCCGAGAUAAGUACGGAAUUGUCUCAGUCUUACAUAGAGGAAUCUAAAAGGACUGAAAAGGAUGGUGACUCUCUUAUGUUUCCACCGCCGCAAACGAGAAGACCUCCACCUCCACCUGGUCAACCCUUGCAAAGUAAUAGCACACCCAAAGACGUAGAAAUGUACGAAGACAUAUCUGAUUAUGAUGAUGCCGAGAUAAGUACGGAUUUUUCUCAAUAUUACAGAGAGGAAUUAAAAGGGACUGAAAAUGAUGGUAACUCUCCCGUGUUUCCACCACAUCAAACGAGAAGACCUCCACCUCUACCAGCAGUGUCGUAUUACGAUACAAAGGAAAGUGAAAACUUGAAUGGAGGGGAAAAUAAUCUACCCUACCCGCCACUUCGCUCAAAAGCGAAAGACAUGAAAGGGAAGGAUGUCGAAGAAGGAUUGAGCCCAGGCAACAAAGGGAGAGAUGAUGGCAAAAAUUUAACUAAAGGUGAUAUUGAUGACAGUAUUCCACUUACUCGUAGAAGACCACCACCAUUGCCUGACAUCGAUGACAGUAUUCCAUCUGUUCCCAGAAGAUGGCAACCAUUACUAGAAAAUCACAAAGGGUUUGCAGAAACAACAACGGACGAAAGGUCAUGCAAAACGCUUCCUAUUCCACAGAUCCCACAAAGUGAUGACAGUGAAAGUGUAGAUGUGGAGGAACGGUCUGCUCAAACAGUUCCACCAAAGACACCAACUCACCAAAGUAAUGCUUGUCAAGAUGUGAAGGAGAAAAACUUUUUCCAAAUUAACAAAGCUAAAUUUCCCCAACUUCCACCCACACCAUUUGGAACAAAGAAUGCAUUUGAUGGAACCAACCAAGUUCUUCCAAAACUAGAGUCUAAAACUGCACAUCAGCCGACGUUCUACGUUGGUGAGGAAGGAAAUCGUGAACAGGUGAGAAACGUUUAUGAGGUGAAGAGAGAUGAAUGCGACACCGCAAAACAAUCAAAUCCAGUUUAUGUGAACGAAACGGAAACUGACAUCAAACCUGUCUUGCCACCUAGGAAACCGCUCAAUAAAUGACUUGGCGCUUGCAGUUGAUCAAACACUAUCAUUCGCUCUUUUUCUUUGUGGAAAUAUAGCAUUCAACAAUUCAUGCAGUUGGCACAGGUCUAAAAAUGUGUGCCUUAUAUAUUGCACACAACAGGAUGCUGAACUGAACUGCAUGGAAAGAGACAAUAUGUUAAGGUUUAAUAUAAGGAGCUUUUGACGACCCUCACUGGGGUUUUUGAUAUUGUAAAAGUAUCGACUGAUGAAAUGAUACAUGUACUCGUGCUCGUACAAAUACCGGUACAUGUAAUUUUAAAAGAAACCUGUUCUAUGUUUCCUGAUAGUUGUAAUGUAUAUUUUCACUUUUAUUGUAUUCCAAUAAAUACCUGUUUUCUAAUUUCGCAUGCUAAUUUAUUAGACUAUAUUCUUGUUUGUAGGACUAUGCACUGGUCUAGAGUUAUCCACUAUUUGUCUUUUACCGUUAUCUGACAAAUUCAAAAAGUCUUUAUCGGUUUUAUGUUCUAUAAUACUUUAUUUUACCCCUUAACCCUAGGCAUGAUCAGUAUGGGAAUACCUGAUGAUUAUUUGACUUUUUAGACUGCUAAUCCUGUUUCAUGAGUUGGUCCUCAUUGUUUACCUAUAUUUGGCUUCUUUCCUUUGUAUCAAUUUAUUAUGAAAUAAUUUUAUUUAUUUGUGGUUGUGUUAGAAAGUGUGCAAAUCAUCUUUUUUAUGGUUCGGUAACAUUUAAAUUUUAAAGUUCUGAAUAAAAGAAUUUUUAAAGAUUA